AUGACAAGUUCUGGGUCUUCGUCACAAUCCUCGAGCGAAAGUGAGAGCCGUAUGGAGAUUUCGGAAUUAGAUGGACACAAGGCGCCGUAUAUCUACAAACUUGAUCAAAUUCAGUUUUGCCCGAAGAUAAAUACGAGAUGUUAUCCGGCUCAGACACUGAAGAAGCUGAAAGACCUACUAACAAACGAGGAAUGGAUGUACUUUAGCAAAGAGUCACAGUUUCAGCAUCUGUUUCACACCAAAUUCGAAAAGACACUGAAGAUGGCACCUGCUGCAUUCCUCAUCAACCACGCAGUGUUGCUCGAGGAUGAUUGGUGGGAGUACAAAAGGAAAGACAAGUUCAGACUGAAGAUGUUUGAGAAUCGGAAAGUGUCUAAGCAAAACGUUCUUAGACAACUUGAGAAGACGCCACUCGAUAAGGUUGCUGAUCGGAAGAAAUUGGCCAUCGUGAUGAUACUCGGAGGGAUUCUGGACCAUGGCACCACAGAAGAUAGUAUCAACAAUGAUUUGGUGGACAUGGUGAAUGAUUUGGAGUUCUGCGAAAGGUUUCCAUGGGGACGAUAUACAUUUGAAAAGAUCAAUGAGCAGAUACGGAAAAGUUUUGCGAGUGGCACUCCGAAGGAAAAAUGGCACUGUCGGGGAUUUAUAAUACCCCUUAUGUUGCUUCCAUUCGAAUGUAUAUCCGGCUUGGGUUGCAAUGGGUGGUAUAAAGAUGUUGAAGAAGCAGAUUCGGGGUGUCCUAGAAUGUGCAAGAAGUCCGUGAAGGCAAACGUCCGCUGGACCUUUGGUAAUGUCAUAAAAAAGAUUGGAAAGAAAUCAGAGAUAGAAAGCGGUGAAGAAUCACUUCUUUUUGAUUUGGAAGGGUAUGAAGGGAGUAAAGAUGCAAAGGUUCAAUUUUGGAUGCAACAUCUGAAAAAGAACCCGGAAAGCAUAUGUUGGAAGAAGAGUCGCGAUGCAGAGUUGCAUUGCAGAAAGUCAUUGGAGACGAAAAGGAAGGGUAAGCGCAAAGUAUUGAUAGACGAUGAUUCAGAGGAAGUAGAUGAGAAAGAAGAUGAAGAAGAAGAAGUACAAGAACGAGAGCAGCAGCAACGACGACAACAACAACAACAACAACAACAACAACAACAACAACAACAACAACAACAACAGAGGGCUUUUCGUCAUGGAGUAACGGGGCUGUCACAUAUUGAAGCAUUGAAGGAAUAUAUACAGCUGGAAAUAAAAGCGUCUGAGAGUCGAAUCAUCGAUUCUGUUGGGGAUAUAGUUCGACGGCUUUUCAAGGACGCUGGGUUCCUUUUUGAUCCAGCUACGAAGAAUCCAACAGAGCCCAUAAUUUUGAGGACAAGUCCGAUAGAUCUGGACAAUGUGAGGAUGAGCCCAACCUUCAAAGAACCAGAGUAUGCAGAAGCAAAACCGACAAGUCCGAUAAAUUCUGUUGGGACUGAUGAAUAUUAUGAUAAGGCAGAGGAAGAAGACUUUAUAUUGCAGUCUCGAGAUGGGACUCCUAUGGCUGCCUCGCCCAAGAAUGCACAUAAAGGAGAAGGGUGUUCGGGACUUGACACAAUUGUGGCUACUAUUACUGCACAAGUAGGAAGCGAUGGUGAUAAGGAUAAAGGUCACGAUGAUAAUGAUGAUGGUAAGAUGAUGAUGGGGAUGAUGAUGGGGAUGAUGAAGAAGAUGAUGAUAAAGAUGAUGAUAAAGAUGAUGAUCAAGAUGAUGAUCAAGAUGAUGAUAAAGCCAAUGAGGAUGAUGUAA